UAAAGAAUAAUAGGUAGUAUGCAAGAAUUGACAAAUUGUAAGAGUAAAUGACGAGUAAUUCCAAGAGCAUGCAAUCUCUUUAUGUAAUAGGUCAGACGGAAAACCUUCUUCGAUAACGAUAAAACGUGAGAAGACCAAGACAGAUCAGAGGAAAAGGUGACACCAAGAUAAUUGACCUUCGACAUUGAGUUUAUCAAAGAGUCUCCGAUGGAACAAGCACUAUGGGAUCUCAAAAUAGUGUUUAUAUUCCGUUUAUGUCUCAUGCUAAAGUUAACAGCUUGACAUUUAGACGGAUUAAGUAUGAGACCAUUACCAACAGACCAACAAUCAAUACGAGACAAAAACUCAUUCAUUUCUAUGGGAUGUAAAGAGGAAGAUAUAGGCAUACAUACAGUGAGGUCAUCCGCAUACUUCACAAAAGUGUUUUCUGUGGAAGAUGGCAGGUCAUGCAGAAAAAAAGAGAAUAGAAGAGGUGAAAGAACAGCUCCUUGUGGUACACCUUCAUGAGACAGUAGAGACUCUGAACUCUUUCCUCCAAACACAGUGUAUUGUUCCCUUCCAGAGAGGUAGGAACAUAGCCAGUUGGUUAUCCAGCUGUCAGUGUUGACGCUGAUUAACUUGUUAAGUAAACGUUGUCUUGGUAUAAAGUCAAAAGCUGAAGUAUAGUCCAGAAAAGUACAUCGAACAUACUUUUUACCCUUUUCUAAGUUGAACACUAUGUUGUGAUGCAGAACUGCAACAGCAUCUAAAGUGCUUCUUUUGCGCCUGUAUGGAAACUGGUAUGGGUCAGUAUGCUCUUUUAUCGCAGGCUGAAGUGGAAGAAUUAAUAAUUUUUCCAUGGUUUUGAGGAAGGGUGAAGUUAUUGCAAUAGGUCUAAAUUUUACAUUCUUAUCACCAAAUGCUUUCUUGGGUACAGGAAUUAUCUUCAUCCUUCUCCACAUUUUCGGUAUGAGAUUAGAUGAGAAGGAUCUGUUAAAUAUAGUUGUGAUCGGAUGACACAGAACGUCAGCACAUUUUUUAAAAAGGAUGUUUGGGAUACCAUCAGGUCCCAAACAUCGAGAUGAAUUAAGCGACUGGAGACAUCCUCGUACAUCAGUUUCAGUGAAAGUAGGAACACAGCUAGUUUUUAAACCCGUGGAUAGAGGGAGCAUCACAUCAGAUGACUGACGUACAAAAGACUUAUUUAAGUCACAAACAUUCAGCUGGUUAUCGAUUCUAAACUUUCUGUCACCUGUAAGUGCUUAUAUAUAUAUAAACGUUCUGAUUAAAUAACCAAUGUAUUUAUCAUCGAAAUCUUUAUGAAAAUACUUGAUAAUUCGUUAUUAAGAGAAAAAAUCGUGGUAAGAGUACUCUAGGAAAUUAAUUAUUAUUAUGAAAAUUGUCUUUAGUUCAAUAAAUUAAAUUCAAUUCAUUAUUUAUUGGAAAAUAUUAUGUUUGCAGAGCCAGUUUGAUCAUUUAAACUAUGUGGUCAAUCGUUCAAAACAAUUAAUUGAACAAUCUAAAUCACUCGUGCCUAUUUAUCUACGAACUAAUCGUAUUAAAUCCCCUGUAAAUGGUGUAAUGUUAUGCGAUUAUGAAACACCUAAAUUUAAACUAACCGCUGGUGAACGAAUUGUUAUAAUUGACAAUAUGGCUGGUGGUGUAGAAAAUAAACAGAAAUUCCUACUAAGAACAGGAACUAAUCAAGAGGAAGAUAUAACAUCUGAAGCAUCACACAAUAUGACAUCUGAUACAUUGGAUAUUUGUGAAACAGACAGUGACAGUCAUUCAAGAACUGAAGAAAUAGACGAUCGUUCAACUGACAGUAACUCUUAUUUACGAUAUCCGAAACCUAGAAUUACAACAAUGCCUUAUUGGAAUUUCGGUCGUGGUCAAACCAGUGGUUCUGAAAUCACAAGUAGUGAUCAAACGAGUAGUACUUUUACAGAAAAUGUCAGUCCGUUGGGACAAUCAUCGUCAAAGCUUCAUUGGCAUAUUAGAAGUAUUGAUGGGAAAGUCGAAGCAUUAGUACCAUCUGUAUGUGUAUGGAUUCCGUCACCCGAUAUGGAAGCUCAAGAGAAGGCAAUAAAACUAUAUAAAGUUAUAUUGGACAGUUGGAAUUACAUAAUAGAUGAACAAUUGAAAAUUUGUCUUCAAUUUUUCACAAUCUUAUUACAACGGUUUAUUGAAAGCGAUGGUUUAACUACAGAUGAUGAUGAAGCAUUUAAACGAUUUCUAAAUAACUUAGUAUUCUCUUUAACUGAACCACCAACAGCUGAGGCGGAAAAUUUUAAUAAGGAAUUCUUACGACUUAUUGAUGCUACACGUGAACAUUGGAAUAAAACAAAGACAUUUGGAACACGUACGUCAGAUAGCAUUCAUCUACGUCGAACAGAAAUUGCAAUAUUUCAAAGUCUGCUUGAUUGGAAUAAAGCUCAUAUGAGAACUAUAAAACAAUAUGAACAAGAAAACAUUAUACCACUUGAUUUAUCACAAAAACUCAAUGAUCUUCAAGAGCAAAGUUUUCAUAUGAUGGAAACUGUGACACUUGUCAAUGAUUUAGCUCAGAAGGAUAAGAAAAAAUUAGAUAGUUUAUUAAAUCAAUUAAGGAUAUGGAAUAAACAAACAAAAGACAAAAAUCAAUUUAAUAUUUAUUCAUUGUCAUCAAGUUCUGAUGAUGAAUGGUUGUCAAGUUCAGGUUCGGAGUAUAUAAAUUCAGAAAGUACUUAUGAAUCGAUUGAUGAAACAGAAACAUCGUAUAUCGUUCAUUCGAAACAAAUUAAACAACCACAUUUUACAAGUAGUUUAAAAUUUCCACAUAAAACGUUUAUACUGCCAGCUAUAUUCACAUAUGAUGAAGAAAUGGUGUGUAGUUGUACUACGAGUGAAGAAAUUCAAAGUAUUGGUACUGGUAGUUCUUGUACAACCGACGAUGAAAUUGAGGAUUAUCAAAAAUACCAUUUAAAACAAGAUUUUCUUACAAGAUCGGAGGACGAUUUCUUGAAAGAAAAUAAAAAUUUCGUAACUACACUUGACAAACAAAUGUUGUUAACACUUGAACGGCCGAUGGAUACAAAAGAUAAACCGAUAACAUACAAGAGUAGAAAAUACAUCGAUACAAAAGACGGUGGGCGCUAUUCAGUUGUCUAUAUCGAAGUAGCGCCAACUGAAGAAACUAAUAUACUUGAUUCCACUGAUCAAGAAAAUUUGAAACCGUCAACAAUUUCAAAAUCUACGCAAUCAGAAGAUCCUUUGAAAAAAACAAAAUUUACACGGAGAACAUGGAUAGAAAAGCAGCAUGUUGAAGAAGCAAAGAGUUUGACUAAAAUUGAAGAGUCAGCUAGAAUAAUUCAUACAAGGCCUAGCAAAGUUCAAAUCACAGAUAUAGGUAUAGAAGCACGUCCAACCUUCAGAAGCAUUGAAUGCUGUACUAGAGAUCUUAUAACCACAACUUCACAAUCAAUAACAGAAUUACGAAAACAACCACGUCAAAUUACCAAACAAAGAGAGAAUGUUCAAACACAAACAGAAAAGCACUCUGAAGAUUUCAUCUAUGCAGUUAGGCAGUACGCACAUGUAAAAGAGAUAACAGAAGCUCAAUUCAAUCAGCUCAUUCAACAAGAAGUAGAAAAGUUGAAAUCUAAAGCCAGAGGCGACAGAGCUUGUCAAACUUAUGAAAUAAUGAAAAGCCCUGUGGGAAUAUAUAAAAUUACAUCUGAUGAUCAUAAACCACAUGAAAAAGUUUCAGAAAGUCCACGAUUAAGAGGUGAAUUUGGUUGUCAGUAUCAGCAACAAAUAAGACUUCUUGACAAACAGGAGCACUACCUUAUACAAAGUACACCUAAAACAACCAUGUCAGAAAUGUACGACAUCGAGACAAGUAAUGAAGAAAAUAGGGCAAUGUUUGGACAGAUAACCGAAUCAAAAUUAGUAACACAAAGUAUCGCAUUUGUAGAUCAAAGACAAAUACAUAGUAGAGUUAAAUCAGAGGAAAGUUCUUCGGAAAAAAUAGGAAUAUAUGUUGAAAAUUUCCAACAAUACGAACAAACCGACGAAGAGAAGAAGGCAAUAUCAAGCCUAAACGACAAAAUAUACAAAAUGAAAAUAGAAGCCAGCAUACAAACAACAAAAUUCCAAUAUGACAGCUGGACACAAACAAAAAUGGACAAAACAGAAAACACAGAAAAGAGAGAGGAAAAACACAGCAUCAAAACACAAGACAGCAACAUAUUACAAAAAUACGAAACAAGAAAUGAAGACAAGUCAAAAGAAAAACAAGUCAAAGUGUGUAUCGUGGAUACGACGAGCGAGAUAGAUGCUCCAGUGCCAGCAAAACAAAAAGAAAUGAAGACAGAGGUACACAGAGAAAUAAAGACAGUGAAACCUGAUCAUAUGAUGUCAGUGAGUACCUCCUACGCAGAACCGCCUGUCAAACAGCCACCACCACGCCAACUGACUGACACUGCCACACAGGUGACCUCCGUUACCACACACGUCACGGAAUCCAGUGAGCAUGUGAUUGUCUCUAAACCCACCGUUCAAGUCCAAGCACCUCUCGUCACCGAGACCGCCUCAUUGGAGUUACCCACACCUGAACCUGUUCGCAAAACAUCACUAGUGGAAGCCACACAGUUCGUGAAACGUUCCACAGUCGACCAACAAAUCGACACAGUACCAGUCUCCUCGUCCGACGUGGGUGCACAGACUGAGCCACACAAAUCUCUACUCGACGGUGCUGCCCAUUUGUCGUUGAAACGCACCGAUGCGACGUCACAAGCCAAACCUGUCCAAUUGUGCAUGGUGGAUUCUUGGAGUGAGAUCCAUGCACCAGUGAAACCAGAGACACCAGUUGUUCCGGUCCACGAACCACCGAAACGCAUCCAAACAUUGGAAGCCUGUGUGCAGACGGUGAAGGAAAGUGUGUGUGUUGUGGACACUUCUACUAGUGUGAUGUGUAAAUCGGGGAAAGUUUCACCGAUUUCUGCUACAGAUGUUUUUGAUUCAAUGCCGUCGUCUGUCUUCGAUAUCUCUGUUUCUGCUACACCUUCUCUCUGUGAUUGUUGGUCUCAAUGUAGUUUUUCAUCGAUUAUAAAAUAUCCGAUUGUUGAUAGGUUUUCGACUUUUGAUCUGCCUGAAUCCUUAUCAUCUCCACUUGUUGAUUCUUGUUGUAUAAUGGUCUUUGGUUGCUCCUCUGUAGGAACUUUAACUGAGCCAUUAAAGCCUGUUCCCCGUGAUCUGAAAAGUCCGAACUUAAUUGACGCAUCUGGAUUCUUCCUUGUUGAUCCUGAUUAUUUGUCUUCAGCAAUUCAGGACGAAGAUGUCCCUCUUGACUCUGGAGACCUUGAAUGGGAGUUAGUUGACGAUAAUUUGAAAGAAUUACACCGUUGUUUGGUGAAUAGUUGUGUACAAACUGAAGAGUCAAAUAUUUAUAGGCCUGAUUCUCAAAGAGAACACUCUCCUUCCCUACCUGUUAGCCAAUUGCCUACCGUCAACAGGAAAAACUUUUCAGUCCAGUAUAUUUAUGAGCCUGCUCAAGAAAAUGCUUGCUGUCAAACCCAGCCCAUGACCUCUGAUAAAAUUCAAAAACAGAUCAUUAUCAAUAAUCUAGAUGCUGAAACCAUGACUGACGAUAUAGAGUCAAAUGUUGCCGUCUUACUUCAAAACGUAAGUUCUACAGACAUCAGAGAACGUUUAAUUGAACGUUAUUACUAUUCUGCACCAUGCAGUGCCAUGCUUGUGACUGAUGCAGAAGUUCAAGUCAACCUGACUGGCUCAGCUUAUAAAGGACACUCAAAAGAAUUCUACGUAAAAGACAUUUCUACAGACUAUAUUGUUGAGCAUCAUAUAGAAAAUGAAAAUAUAAUACUAGAAGAAUCGAGUGGACAUGAUGACAGUGAACAAACUGUGUCAGGCACAUCAUAUUCACGAUACAUGAAGCGCUUGCUUCAUGAAAGUGGUGUAACUGAAGUUUGGGAAAAAUGUCCCCCAACGCAUUCUGUCUUUGAUUAUUAUCAAAGCCGUCGUGAGUUUGGGUCGGUACGUGAGCAGGCCUCUAUGGCCAUGGAAGAGCCCGUUACAGCAGCAGAUGUUGGCAUUCAAAUUGUAUUCGAUUCAUUUUCACAUAGUUCACCGUCUGAAUCCGAAAUAUCAAGAUCUGAAUCCCCGCUUAGUGGAUCAAGUUACACUUAUGAAGCAUAUUUGAUGCGCUCAAGACUAGGACAAGUAUGUGAAGUCCAGUGUCAAUUCUGUCCUACACAUAUACCAACAGCGUCCCAAACGGAUCAUUACGGAAUUUCUAUGCAGACUGAAAGACAUGAGAAAUUAAAAGAGGAUAUUUUUGAAAUUUAUCAAAGAAGACUCAUAAAAGAUCAAAUUGCAGAAGCAUGGACUCAAGUUGAACAAGAUUUGUACACAGAAUCUCGAAUGGAAGAAGUUAGUGAACCUAUCGACGUAAUCGAAGAACGUAUCUUGGAAAUAACGGAGAAGAAAAGUAAAAAAGUUUAUAGUCAAAUAAAAAUUACGGAGGAAUUCACAGAAGAGGAGGAUUUGAUUGUUUGUGAAUUGGGUGUACAAACAGAUCCGUUCUAUGAUCAGCAAUACUUUAUCAAAGCAAAACAAAGUCAUUCUUCAAUAGAUUUUCGUGAAGAAAGUCCUAGACGUUUAAGUACUACGGGUAUUCAGACAUCAGUAAUUCACCUGGCCAGUAUUAUCUCUUCAGGUGAUAUAGCAUGGGCUGAUGAGGAUCUGUGUGAGGUAAUUAAGGCAGGCAUCAGAUUGCUUGGAUCUGAUGAGCAUAAAAGUGAAGAUAUAUCUGUGUCAAAAUAUGCGUCUCACCAACUAAACAUUUGCGCUAGAUUACCAACUGAUUCUAAUGAAAAGGUGCUUAUUAGUAGCGGCACACAAGUAAUUCCUAUGGAAUCAGAUCUCGAGAAAAAGUUCCAGAAGGAAUGGCAAUCAGAACCUAUCUCUUUCCAUGAAUCUGCAGAACCCUUCCAAUCUGAUGAUAUUGUAGGAAAAGUUGGAACGCUUACAGAAGAAACCCACCACAUGUCGAAAAUUUUAGUUCAACUACGUCAACGAACAUUACAGUAUGAAUUAUUUGAAUCACAAUAUUCAACAUCAUGUAUACAAUGGAAUAAUAUCCGUGAAGUGGCCAGUCCAAGAACAGGAUUAUUUGCACCAGUUGCAAUGGCAAUAAGAAGAGGAUGGAUUCGACUUGGUGAAACCAAUGAAUAUGUGGAUCCAAUGACCGGAGUUGCUAUUCCACUAGAAACGGCUUAUCAACAAGGACGUAUACGAUUAACUAGUUCAUCAAGUCAUUAUGAUAGAAAUGUUAUAACAAAUACACCUGUAUUACUCUUAAUUGAACGAGUAUACUUUAGUUGGUGCAAAGCCUAUUUAACAAGCGUUGUUAAUACGGCUACAGGAGAAGUACUAUCACCCAAUUUAGCAAUAGCAAAUGGUAUACUUGAAACAACGGAAGAUGAAAUACGCCUAUUAGAUAGUUUAACAAAUACAUGGAUUACUAUAGAAGAAGGUGCUGGUAGACAAAUAAUACAAUUAGAACCAUCAACUCCCACAACAGAAUCUAUGGAAGAUGAAUUAGAUGAACCAGUUAGCUGUAAAGUUUAUCAACUCACUCAUGUUUGUCCUGGUGGUGAACCAUCUCCUUGGUUAGGUCCAUUAGAAGCUGUACGUUUGGGAUUAUUAAAUUGGGAAACUGGUGAAGUUGCUGCUGAUUGGCCAGCAAGACCAAUGUUACGCAGUAUGAAUUCUACAGGGCAUUUAUCAUCGGAAGAUUUUAUUCCAACUAAAUGGUGUAGUUUUCUAACUGCAAAACAAGCUGGUUGGUUAAGAUUUAUUGAAGAAAUAGAACCACAACGGUAUAUAACAACAUCAGGUACGCCAAAUAAAGAGCCAGGAUCACUUCUAUUAUCAACACAAGUAAAUCUUUUAGCUCCAUCUCAAGUAUCAUUAAAUUAUGAACAAGAUGAUAUUGAAGAAAAUUAUCCUCAUCGACCUAAUCAAUAUCAUCAUGAAUUCAAUAUACCAAGAACUAGAUCAGAUGAUGUUUUUACAACUAGAAAUAUAAGUACAUCUAACUUAUAUCAUCCAAUUAAUGUAUUACCUGAUACUAGAAGUGUAUCAUGUACUCGAAUUGAUAUAACAUCACCAUUAUAUAAUGAUUAUAAAUUAAUUCCAUCACAUGUACAAGUAAGACAUGAAAAUGAUGAACAUUCAUGGACAAGUGAAACACAAAUAUGGGAAGAAUAUCAAGAGACUUCAUCAAGAACCAUUUCACCUGAUAAUGCAAGACGUCAUCAAUAAAUGUUUAUUUUUUAUUUUGAUAAUAAAUAAGUAAAUCAAAGGAGAAAUCUACACUCUUUUAAUAUGUUACAAUCAUGUUUUAAAAAGAAAAAGAAAAAUAGACACAUUCCAGUACAUUUCCAUCAUCACCAACACUUCUAUGUCCUUUUAGUGAUUAUGAAACCUUUUAUUAUUUGUUGUUGUGUUUUUUUUAUGUAAAAGAAAAUAAAAUAUUAAUUGAACAAUGGAAUAAAAUAAGACAUUAGUAAAACAAAUCUGUUUAUACAUAGAAAUUUUAACUAAAGCAAACAAUACUACUACUACUACUACUACUACUACUACUACUACUGCUACUACUAUUAUUAUUAUUGCUACUACUAGCUAUUAUUGCUGCUAAUACUAGUUAAACAGAAAACAUUUAAAUAACUAACUCAUUUAUGCACAUUCAAAUUAUGAUUCUCUUCUUGUUUUUUUUGUUUGUUUGUUUGUUAUUUGUUUUUGUUUUUUUGAUCGUUUUUGUUUUCACACUUUCGUUUUCAUUUAUCUGGGUACAUGUAUAACUGCAUAUAUCUAUAUAUACACACACACACAGAAAUACACAUCCAUAAAUAUAAAUAAGCACAAUCUACUUUCGUAUAAGAAAGAUUUUGUGUUACUUUUUCGUUUUUGUAUUAAUAGUAUAUAAGUAUAAAUGGCUAUUUAUUCUAUACUGUUCUAUUUUGUUUAAUUAGUACAUAGAUUAAUGAUUCGUUCAUUUACAGUGAGAUUUGGAUGUAUGGUGUGAACGUGUAGUAGUAUUUGAACCGCUACUUAUUAUAGUGGGAAGCAAAAGAUGUAUGCAGUUUGAAGAACUCUUUCAUUUAAUUGAUCAUCAAUAUGUAGCCAAUUCAUAACCACUUUGAUUUUGUUAAAUUAAAAUACAGAAACGACA